AAUCUUUCUAAGAUACUCAGUGCCUGACAGCUGUCACUACCCACAAACCUCCCAGCAACGAGAAACAUGCUCCUCCUCGAAGUCGAACGCAAAUUCCCCUCCCUAACCACCAAAGCCCUCCACCUCGCCACCAACCGACCCCCCUUCCAAACCAUCCACCACCAAGGCACCAAAACCCUCCACGAUAUCUACUUCGACUCUCCCACCCACCAGCUCUCCAAACAAGGUAUCUGGAUCCGCAAACGCAACAACACCUGGCAAGCCAAGAUCCGACGCGGAGGGAACUACACCAACUCCCAAUUCCAGGAACUUGCCACGCCGGGUGAAAUCUCCUCAUUCCUUGCAAGCAUCACGGGGGUUAAGAAGAGUGAGAAAGUGGACUUUGGACUCGUGCCGAUGGCGGAUUUCGUGACGAUCAGGGAGAGUUGGGUCGCGGAUAGGGAUUUUACGAUCGUGCAGGAUGAGACUGAUUUUGGACAUACGGUGGGGGAGGUGGAGAUGGAGUGGAGGGGGAAUUAUAAUGGGAUUAGGGGGGAUGGGGAUGUGGAGGCGUAUAGGAGGUUGAAGUUGCGGGGGAUGGAUGGGAGGGUUGAGCAGUUUAUGGAGACGUAUGGCUGGGCUUUCUCUCGGGGGGUGCCGAAGGGGAAGUUGUCGGCUUAUUUUGAGAUCAAGGGGAGGAAGUAG